AUGCCGUGGCUGAGCGACGCCAAGCGGAGAGAAAGCUCUGAGCUGCCGCUGCCCGCCGGUUGGGAGGAGGCGCGGGACUACGACGGCAGAGUGUUCUUCAUCGACCACAACACACGGCAGACGUCGUGGAUCGACCCCAGAGACAGGAUCACAAAGCCUCUGACGUUCGCUGACUGUGUUGGGGAUGAGCUUCCUCUUGGGUGGGAGGAGGUCUACGAUCAACAAGUCGGAGUCUACUACAUUGACCACAUCAACAAGACUACACAGAUCGAGAACCCGCGCACACAGUGGCGGCAGGAGCAGGAGCGCAUGUUGAAGGAGUACCUGGUGGUGGCGCAGGAGGCGCUGGAAGCAAAGAAGCAGAUGUACCGAAUCAAACAGCAGCGACUGGAGCUGGCCCAGCAGGAGAUCCUCCUGUUCAGAGAGGCCUCCGAGGACAACCGCUCCCUCAGCAGCACUCUCUCCAGCUCCUCGUCCAAGUACGACUUCAGUCAGAUAAGAGACGAGGUGACAAGUCGCAGAGAGCGGCUGUCCCGACUGAAGCAGGAGCUGGCCCAAGUCAAACAGGAGCUGCAGUUUAAGGAGAUGGGAGUAGAAACGCUGCAGGAGUGA